UUUGGAAGUUUGCAUCCGAAUGAUAAAUAACGAAAAGAUUGAAAUAAAGGAUGUAAAUGGAAAAUUGAAGGAACCUUUGGAGAUGUACAUUGACGCGUUGGACCCAGAAAAUGAUGAUGAUCCGGAAAGUUUGGACCCAGAAGACAUUUACGAGGAGCUUAAUUUUAGUACUUAUUUGUCGCAACUUGGAGGAAUUUCAACAAAUAGCGUUGAUGACGAAAAAGGACCAAAUAAUGAUACUGGAAGUCACAAAUCCUCGAGUCCAUCUCCCGAUUAUUGGUCUAAACAUCAAAAUGGCGGAGAACUGGACACUUCUUCUCAUGAAAAAUCGCCAUAUGUCGGGAAUGUGAGUACGCGUUCUACUUCCGAAUCAGCCUCUUCACAUCGUUCGGCAGUAAGCGGUGGUGGUGCUUCUUCCGUCACUUCACUAAAACUUACUCGGUUAGGAAGUCAGGUCAGCAAUUCUAGUUCUGUUUCAUCUCCAUUGCCUCAAACACCGCCUGCUAUCCCAGGGAUUCCUUAUAAUUCGGUUGCCGCGGGAAAAAUGCAUACACCACCAGUUCAAUCAACUGCAGCAAUGGCAAUACAUCCAAUGCAUCAAGCAGUAACAAAUACUGCUUCAACACCAACUGCGUCAACAUCAGCAAAUAUUUUAGCUUCUCCAAAAACAACAUUGCCGUCACCAUCAGCCGUAGAAAAUACUUCAAGUAAUGUUAUUGUCCAACAACAACAACCUCCAUCAACCAUCCAAGCACCCCCAACAGUUUCACCUGUAGCUGAACUAAAAGAAGAAAAUGCUGUUUCCUCCUCAGGAAUGGCAUCAACAACCUUAAUAAGGACUCGAUCCUCUUCUGUCACAUCAUCUACAGCAACAUCUUUACAUGAAGAGACAAGUCAAUUUUCUACUGUUGUAGGAGGAGGAAAUUUGACGUCAUCACCAAUAACUUCAAAAGCUCCUUUACCUUUAAGAUUCAAUUCUUCAGCUGCUGCUGGAGGAGGAGCAACAACAUCUUCAUCAUCAAAUCCAUCGCCAUUCUCAUUGCCAACAUUCAUGUCGGCGGCAUCUUCUGCUCCUCUGUCAACAACAACACCAGCAGGGAGAACAAGCGAUUUAUCGACGCCUUCAAGAAAUUCUGAACAACACCAAGAAAGUCAACAUUCGUCAAAUGAUGUUGGAAAUAAUAUAGCUGAUACUACUGAAUUUAAUGGAAAAGUUGCAAAUCUGCUUUAUAAUUCUUCAUUUGGUAGUCCAAUGAUUACACAACAAAAGAGUAGAGAACCUCAAGAGGCUGUUAUCCAACCAUGGUUAGGUGCUUCUCCUCUUGGGAUGGCUCCAAUAAACGAAGAAUUGAGUUUCCAACUGCAAAUGUUAGACGCAACACAGCAACGUUGCCCUCUUCAAAUGGACUCGGAAAAGCCUAGAAGUUAUCUGCCAAAAAUGCCCUGUUCAACACCACCUUACUAUCCUCAGGCACCUUUACCAAAUGCAGAUAGCCUUGAAUAUUAUCUUCGACUUUCUGUUGAAACUCUUUUCUUUACGUUUUAUUAUAUGGAGGGUUCACGUGCACAAUUAUUAGCUGCAAAGGCAUUAAAAAAGCUUUCGUGGAGGUUUCAUACAAAGUAUAAAUUUUAUUUUUUAUUAAAUUUUUUUUUAUUGAAAGCCUUGAGGAACAGUGCGGUCCUUUAG